GAGUCCACACGUUCGUUGAUGAAAAUGCUAUCCAGAUAGACAUACAACAAUUCACUUGCGCCACAGUGAUCUCAAAGCUCUCAGAAUCCGGUGAUGGCUGCUUACGCAGCUUUAGUUUCUCUCACUCACACCCUACACCAAAUUCUGCAUCCACACCCUCUCACUCAGAUUAUCAUCCCUAGAGAACAGAUAGAGUCUCUACACCACAAAGUCUGUUUCUUGUUAGACUUUCUUGAAACUCAUUCGAGUCUACAAAGGGAAGAAAUGGAUGAUUUGGAGAAGAAGAUUGCAGAGGCAGCUUAUGCAGCAGAAGAUACUAUUGAAUCUCAUGUGGUGAGCCAAAUUCAAGACAAGUAUCCUAUCCAUGUAGCAGAGAGUUCCGCGCUUUCACAUCAAAGCUUUCGAUUGAAUGGAGUGAGAGGUCUUGGUGCCAUGGUGAAGAAGUUGGGGAAGAUCAAAUACAAGAAUGGGAUACCAAGGGUGAUAAAGAAGUUUCAAUCUGUGGAGAAAGAGGUGGCCAUGAUCAGAAACAAGAAAGGCAUUGAAGAUCUGCAUUCGACUAUAGCUACUUCAUCCCCACGCCCUCCCUUGAGCAGGGAGGAUACAAUGGUUGGAUUCAACGAGCAGUUGCUGCAAGUCAUGAGUGCACUCGCCACGAAUGAAUUGAAUCGCCUCAUCAUCCCGAUUGUUGGAAUGGGAGGCAUUGGUAAGACCACUCUGGCUACAAAUGUAUUCAACAAUCCUACUAUCAGAGAAUACUUUCCUGUUCGUGCUUGGAUAACAGUAUCCCAGGUUUAUACCGCGAGAGAGAUUCUUCGAGGCCUUCUGCAUCACAUUAGUAGUAAUAUUUAUGCAGAUGAGCAGAAGAGUGAUGAGCAGCUAGGAGAGUUGUUGUAUAAGGAGCUAUUUGGGAGGAAGCAUUUGAUAGUAAUGGAUGAUGUGUGGGAUAUCGAGGCGUGGGACAGCGUAAGGAGGUUCCUCCCACCGAGCAACGAUGGAAGUCGAGUCUUGAUAACUACGAGGCUGUCAAACUUGGCACUAGAUUUGGGAAGUUGCAGUAGCCCUUAUGCAAUGAAGUUUCUAGAUGAUGCACAGAGCUGGGAUUUGCUUUGUGAGAAGGUUUUUGGAAAAUAUGGCUGCCCUGUUGAAAUGGAGGAAGUUGGGAAAAGUAUUGCUAAAAAAUGUGGAGGGCUGCCUCUAGCCAUUGUUGUCAUUGGUGGGCUUCUUGCAAGCUCCAAAAUGACUAGAGAGUAUUGGGAAUCUGUUGAUGCAAAUGUGACUUCUGCCAUAAACUAUGGAAAUGAUGACAAAUGCAUGAAGAUAUUAUCAUUGAGUUAUAGUCACUUGCCAAUACAUAUAAAGCCAUGCUUUCUUUAUUUAUCUGUAUUUCCAGCUGAUUUCACAGUUAGAGUAUCCAAGCUUGUCAAAUUGUGGGUUGCUGAAGGAUUCAUUAAAGCUGUUAGCAAUAAAACCUUAGAAGAGACUGCAGAGGAGUAUUUGGAGGAGCUAAUCCACAGAAAUCUUGUUCUGGUUUGUCAGCAAGGAAGCAGUGGGAAGUUGAAGAGCUGCAGCAUUCAUCAUGUGAUAUGGGACCUCUGCAGAAGGGAAGCUCACAGACACAACUUUCUGCACAUUGAAAAGUUUGAGAACCCGAAAAUCUCACCACGUGUUGAGAGAGAGCGCCGCAUCAGCAUUCAGCCCUGCAGAAGGAAAGAGAAGCUGAGUAACCCUUUGCUGCUGGCGCGUCGUAACAGAACCUUGUUAAGCAGCUUAUAUUGGGAUUCCAGAAGCAUUACGCGGAAGUUUAGCUUGCUACGGAUACUUGAUGUGGUGGACUUCUACACCGUUGAGGAGCUUCUGCACCUGAUCAACACAAGAUACGUUGCUUGUGCCAUGGAUUUGUCGUUGAGGAAUUCUUCGCUCUGGAAAUCUAUAUCCCGGCUUUGGAAUCUAGAAACUUUAGUUCUUGACAGGGAAGUCUCCCUACCUCCUCAAAUCUGGCAGAUGCCACAGCUUAGACACCUGAAGAUGGAGAGGAUCAUCCUCCAAGACCCUCCAAAUGCCCAGAAUUUGGUAGUUCUUGAGAACCUACAAACUCUUUCAACAAUCCUAAACUUCAGAUGCACUGACCAGAUAAUUCAAAGAAUUCCUAAUUUGAAGAAACUGAGGAUUACUUAUGGUUAUAGUGUCAAUGGCUUUGGGAAAAACUACCUGUGCAACCUUGUCCAGCUUGAUAAACUCGAAUCACUUGGAAUCAGAGGUGAUGAGAAGUUAUAUGGGAAUAUUGAAUUCCCAGGUUCACUUAGGAAGUUGGCUCUGGAAAACUGCUUCAUUCCAUGGGAAGAUAUGUCCAUGAUUGGUUUGCUGCCUAAUCUUGAAGUUCUCAAGCUGAGGACUAAUGCUGCCAAGGGCCGAGAGUGGAAUCCGGUCGAAGGAGAGUUUUGUCGACUGCAGUUCCUACUGAUUCAUGGAUGUGAGUUGGAGAUUUGGGAAGCAGACUAUUUCCAUUUUCCAGUUCUUCGGCACCUGCAUCUUAGACACUUGAAGCUGAAGGAGAUUCCAAUGGGCUUUGCUGAGAUAUUAACUCUUCAAAUUAUUGAUCUGAAAUACUGCAGUAGCUCUCUGGAGAAAUCAGCUGAAACAAUAUCAGAGGAAAGGGAGAGCCUUGGAUAUGAUGACUUUCAACUUAGAUUAAAUCCUUCUGAGAUUUCGUGGAACGAAGAAAAUGUAGUUGGUUUUGAAGAUGAGGCAGAUACUCUCAUCAAAUAUCUGAAUGAAGAAUCUGAUGAGCUUGAAGUUAUCUCCAUCACCGGCAUGCCUGGCUUUGGGAAGACGACUCUCGCGUGGAAGAUUUAUCAGGAUCCGAGAAUCCAGUACAACUUCUCAACUCUGAUUUGGGUUAACGUCUCCCAAGAGCUCAACAUGAAGAAAGUGUUUCUUACCAUCCUAGAAAGGUUCACUGAGCUAGACAUGUCUGUUUUGUCUGAAGCUGAGUUAGCUCAGAAGGUUCGAUUCUAUCUUGAGAAGAAAAAAUUCUUGCUGUUCAUGGAUGAUGUCUGGACUUCUGAGACAUGGAAAACUAUUGAAGAUUCCUUGCCGAAGAGUAAUAGAAUGGGCAAAGUCGUGAUAACGAGCCGCGAUGAGAGAGUAGCUCGUCAAGUAAAUCACUUGAGAGAGCCACACAGGCUGCGAGUUCAAGAUUCUAAAGAAAGUUGGGAGCUUCUCCAACUGAAAGUGUUUGGUAAGCUUGAUGAAUGCCCACCGGAGUUGGAGGAGAUUGGGAGUGUUAUAGCAAAGCAAUGUGAAGGAAUCCCACUUGCAAUGGUCGUGAUGGCAGGAAUCCUUGUUGAAAAACACCCCAAAACUAGUGACAUGAAAACUCAAUGGGAAAGCAUAUCAGCUAGUUUGAGCAUGUACAUCAAGUAUGACAAUGUUGUGGAGAACAUCAUUGCAUUGAGCUACGAUCAGCUGCCUCGUGGCUCGAGAGAUUGCUUUCUGUAUCUAGGCGUGUUCCCUGAGAACGCGGAGAUCCCAGCUUGGAAGCUCAUUCGUCUGUGGGUUGCAGAAGGAUUCAUACAGAGGAACAAGGAGAAGGCCUUGGAGGAAGUUGCAGAGGACAUUCUGAGGGACCUUGUGAGGAGAAACUUAGUCGUGGUGGAUAAGACAACGGCCCGUGGUGAUGCCAGAACGUGCCGUGUUCAUGACAUGAUACGCGAGUUCUGCAGAAACGAGGCUGCAGUGACGAGACACAACCUGUUUCAAGAGGUUGAGAGGUCCAGUGAAGGAGUGUUCCAUCCCUCUGCUUCUGGGAUAAGGAGCUGUCGUCGUCUGUGCAUCCAUUCCAACGUGGUGGAUUUCCUCCGUAGGAAGACGAAGGGGCCGUGGAUCGUGUCGUUCCUGUGCUUCUCCAAGGAAGCCAUGGAUUUACCAGCAGAGCACACUUCAUCAAUUCCUGAUUCCUUCAAUCUGCUGAGGGUGUUGGAUGUGAACCCCAUCAAGUUCACCAAAUUCCCCUUGAAGCUCACUCAACUCACUCAUUUGAGGUACAUUUCUCUAUCCGGUGACAGCCUCACGUCGCUUCCUAAAGCCGCGUUCGAGCUCUGGAAUCUGCAGACCAUAAGAGUCGACACAGCGUCGCGUACAUUUGAGAUCGAGGCAGACAUAUGGAACAUGAUGCAGCUGAGGCAUUUGAAGACGAAAGCAGCCAUUGUUAUCAACAAGGAGGUGAGAGGUGAAGCUGGCAAGAAUCUGCAAACACUCAGUCUGUUAUCAGCCCAUUGCUGCAGCGAGGAUGUCUUCAACAGGGCAUUAAACCUCAGGGAUUUGGGGAUUCGCGGGCAACUAAGCAUCGUUUUAGACACAAAUCUGAGACAGUUGGUCUGUCUUCAAAAGCUGAGGCUAGUGCACGACGUUCAUCCCGAGACGAGCUGCUCGAGAAAGCCGUUGCCUCGGCUUCCUCGAGCAGACAGAUUCCCUCCUAAUCUGAGGGUCUUGAAACUGUCGUCCACGUUUCUGGAUUGGAAGCACAUGUCUACUCUGGGAAUGCUUCGGAAUCUUGAGGUGCUCAAGCUGAAGGAGGAUGCCUUCUCCGGCGAGACGUGGAACGCCGUCGGCGGCGGCUUCCCGUGUCUUGAAUUCUUGCUGAUUCAAGGCGCGGAUUUGAGGUAUUGGACGGCGUCGGGGGAUCCUCUUCCGAAGCUGAAACGGCUGGUGCUUAGGAGGUGCAGGGAGCUUGAAGAAUUUCCGUUUGUGUUGGGGAAAAGCCUGAAGCUGCUGGAGAUUGAUCGCGUUUCUGAAUCUGUGGUGGCGAUUGCCAGAAAAAUGGAGGUGGAGAAGCAACAACGGGCCAAAAGGGAUCGAUUUAAGCUCGUAAUUACUGCCGGUGAAGAAUGAUAGCUGUGGAAUGUGCCUUCUGCUUUUCUUGAUUUCCUUCGCUUACAUGCUCGCCCCCCCCCCCCCCCCCCCAUUUUUUUUAAUAAU